AUGGAGCUGUUGAGAAAGAAUCGGAACCGCGCCGCCUGCCGUCGCUGCCAACGACGGAAGAUCCGUUGUGAUGGACAAACUCCACGCUGCGGAUCAUGUCAGAAGGCCAGCGUUCCUUGUAUCAAUGAUGGAAAACAGGUGGUUAACCGCUCGUACAUCGCGAAAAUGGAGAAACGGAUUAAGUGGCUAGAAUCCAUGGUUCAAGAGAGCUGUCCCAAUGUGGACCUUACUCAAGGCCCUAGUCUCGAGGAACCCCAUGUAGAUGAGCCGAUCGUAUUCGACGAGGAUCGUGACGAGAACCAUAUUCUUAGCCCAGAGCAAGAGCACACUAUGGACGUUGAACAUGGUAUAGAACAAGACAGGUCCCAAAAUCUAAAUGUCUCAGCUCAUCCGCUGCGUGCUUUUCCACGAAUGGAAUCUCGUCAAGCACAUGAGGUUGGCCUGGUCUCGCUUUCACCAGGAAGCGAGCCGCGCUACAUUGGACCAUCUAGCGGGUAUUUCUUUGCCAAUCUUGUCUUCUCAAAUGCUGGCCGGAAUCAACAGCGGAGGCAUUUAGCGAAUGACUCUACAGGCUCAGCUUCAGGUGACCCCAUCUCCUUAGUGGCGGAACUUCUGAAUGCGCCGGCCUCAUUGCCCCCACGACGGCAAAGUACCAUGGAACUUUCGUCCAAGUACUUCCAGACUAUACAUGUUAGCUAUCCAUUCCUGCACCAGCCUUCCCAUAUGGGGUAUGUUGAACAGAUCUAUGGGUCUGAACAAGUGUCCCCAGCAGUGGCAUUUCAAGUAUACAUGGUCUUAGCAAUCGCAGCCUCGGACCUUUCGCGGAGAUCUAAGGUCCGCCUUCCUUCCGAAGGAUUCUACUCUAUGGCAAUGCAAUAUUUUAAUCAGUUCUGUCCUGACGGAUCAUUGGUGGGCCUUCAAUCUCUGCUGCUGCUCAUGAUUUAUGCACUGCAUAACCCGUCUUGUGGCAUCAAUAUUUGGAACCUCAACUAUCAAUGCCUAGCAUCACUGAUCGAUCUGGGCCUACAGCGCGACGUGCGCAACACGCCUUCUCUGCAGAUAUCUCUCUUUGAACAGGAGAUGAGGACAAGAGUUUUCUGGGUAGUUUACACUUUUGAUCGAACUAUAGCUACGAUGAUGGGACGGCCGGUCGGCAUCAGGGACGAAGCGUGCGAUUUGCGACUUCCUAUGGAUGUUGCAGAUUACGAACUGAUAAAAGAAAAUCCCAUUGAAAGAGCUAUAGACCAACCGCUCUCGCAUAUCUCAUUUGGAAUACACUUGUUUAAAGCUGCUCGUCUGAAUUCGGAGAUUAAAUACAUUAUGCAUAGUAUAUCUCGGGAUCCACCGGCAUACGCUUACCCGCCAGUGCGGGAUAUCUUCGGUUGGCAACAGGAGAUGCUGGAAAGGUUACGAACCUGGAAAUCAGAGGUCUCUCCGAGCGAUAACAGCAUGAGUGCUAAGCUCUGCGAGGUGAAAUACCACGAGAUGAUGAUUCUUGUGCUGCGGCCUAGUCCAGCCAUUCCACAGCCAUCUGAGCAAUCCUCAGUCCUGUGUUACCGCCAUGCGAUGGGACUACUCGAAAGCUUCCGAGAUUUAUAUAAGAACGACUGUUUGCAGUAUAGCCGACUAGUUGUCCAUUCUAUUUUCCUGGGAACACUUGUUGUGCUACAUAGCAUCUGGAAGUUACCUGAAAUUGCCGCAAAUGCUCACAUUGAUGAGCUGUCUGCGAACCUUACCUCAUCCCUCAACAUACUUAGCAGCAUUGGCGAGUAUUGGCUUGAGGCACAGCGAGUCAGAAACUGUGUUGAAGAGAUAUCCGGGGUUACGAUGAAACGUCUGGUGAAAAGCAGAUGCGCUGCAGGACCUCCGAGUACUUCACGCCUUCGUUCGAGUGGCCGCCCCAGAAGUGAUACUCAACAACUCCCUGCUCCUCAGACACAAAUGCGCAUGGAUCCUGAUGACGGAGAGCAACGAGAUUCUCUAAAUUCGGCAGUGAAUCUCCCUGGAUCUAAUGACUCUGAGAUACUCCCAGGGUCGCUAAUGGAUGACCCGGAAACGCUGCAGCUCUUUGGUGAUACUUCAUUCGAAGACUUAUUUGGAAUGACAGGUGUCCCUGAUUUUGAUGGAUUGGUGUGGGAGUUCAUCAACUCCUAG